GGACGCGGGGUCUUCUUCUUCUUUUUUCAAGCGAGGAAGAAAGUUGGUUUCAUGAAAUCACUCAACUGUUAGAAAAAGUAGCUUUCGGUCUCUUUUCGUUCCCAAAGCGUGGCGGCAUCAUGAAGCUGCUCUCCAGCGUCUCUCUGUGGACUCUCGCGGUCUUCAGCGCCGUACUGGAGAUCUCUCAAGCAGAAUGUGACAUUAGUGGUUGUGAAGGCAAUGACACAGAAACAUCAACAACAACAUCCAUAGUAAACUGCACCAUAUCCAAUGGGAGCAGUGCCUCUGAAAACGGGUGUUUCAACUGCUGCAAAGAGGCCACCACGAAGCCACCAGCAGUCAUGAACCUCACAGCCACGAACAUCACGGCUUCCUCUAUAUCUCUGGAGUGGAGUAAACCGGAGGGGAACAUAUCUCUCUACAGAGUACGGUGGAAUGAUGGAGGCUUUAAUGAGACGACUGGAGCAUCUCUGACGAUCACCGGCCUGACUCCUGGGGUCAAUAUCAGCAUAAGUGUCUCUGCAGUGGCAGGUGAUACGCUGAGUGAAGGAGAGACAGCCACUCUGUCUGUGUACACAAAGCCUGAAGUAGUCCGCAAUAUCACUGUCACUCAGAUCACCACCUCCUCUGUAUCUCUGAAGUGGACUAAACCGGAGGGAAACAGCUCUUUCUACCGAGUACAGUGGACUGAUGGAAAUGGAAAUGGCAGUGACCAUGUGACUCAAACCAAUAUAACCAUGACUAACCUGACUGCUGGUGUCCAGUAUGAAAUAACUGUGACUGCAGUGACGGAUGACGGCAGAGCUGAGGGACAGAGUACCACUGUUUCUCAAUACACACAGCCUGCUGGAGUCAGAAACCUCACUGUCGCUGGAAUCACGACUUCCUCUAUCUCUCUGAAGUGGACUCAACCAGAGGGAAGCAGCUUGUUCUACAGAAUACAACGGACGGAUACAACGAAUAACUGGGGAGUCAGUGUCACUGAAACUGACGUAAACGUCCCUGAGCUGACGGCUGGAGUGCUUUACAGUUUCACUCUCAUAGCAGUGGCUGGAGAUCACAAAACAGAGAGUGAGGUGUCUGAGAUUGUUCACUAUACAAGUAAGAGGAUGAAUCACACGUCUGAUAAUGUGCUUGUCGUCUGUUUGGUGCCUCAACCUUUCUUCCAACACUAUAAACUGAGGGGGGAACAAUCACAUCACCAGAAAAAGGCUGAUAAAACAAAAAAACACAUUUAAUAUAAUACAUUUCAUCCAUGUUUAGUGAGUUGUGUUAAACACGUCCCAAACACACCGAGUGAUACAGUCUUUACUCAUAGAGAGCGGUCCCCUCCUCUCCUCCUUGCUUUAGGACCUGGUGAAAUUGGGGAACCUAGUGUGUCCACAAACACCUCCUCCAUCUCUCUGAGCUGGACCUCACCUCCGGGUGAGGUGUUCAAGUACAGGUUGGAGUGGUGUUAGAGUUGGACUGCACACACCACCUGGACAGGACUCACUGGAAGAAAUAGCAACAGACUUUUACUUUAAAUCUAUAAAGCGUUUAUUCAAAAUCAAGAUACAAAAUAGACAAUUCAUGCGCAUGGACCCAAAUCCAAACCUGUCACCAAUGGCUUCAGGGCUGCAGAAGGGAUGCCGGUUCAAAGUGAGCGGCCAUCUUAAAUACCCGACGGGAACAGUUCUGAUUGGACAGGAGCAUAAGGGGGCGGUGUCUUCUCAUUGGUUCUUGUUGCCAGCUCCCGCCUCUGCCGCUCCUUCAUUGGUUCUUCUCGUCUGCCAAUGAGUGCACAUGUUGUGAAAAGGUGGGGGAAGACAGGAAGGCGCCUUGUCUGAGGGAUGAGGUCUGGAUUUACCCAGAAGUCUGUCCAAACAAAAGGGGGGGAAAAAAGGCCUGUUCCCAUGGUGUGUGUGUGUUGGGUCAUAGGAAGAACAUGAGAGUUAGGUCAGGGGUGGCAUCUGUGUCUGCUUGGUCAGAGGGGGAAGAUGAGUGUUAGGUCAGAGGGGACAUCUGUGCCUGUCGUUUCUCGGGGGGGAGAGGGUACAUAGAUCAACCCCGGCGCCAGAGUGUCUCUCUUAGACAUUCCUACCCUCCUCCAGUCUACUCCAUCUUUACACAUAAUAUUUAUGCACACAAUAUUAAGCUAUGCUAAACUAUAAUAUAUAUUCUUUAACAAUCCCUCUUUUCACAUCCGCUGGAUGUGAACCCUUUCUCUGGGAAUAUUUAUUUCCCUCUUGCUGCCAGAUCUUGUCAUGGCCUGGCCUCCUCGUCCUGUCUUAGCUCUGCCACUUGACGUGAAUGAGUCUCCUGAAAUAUAAUCUUUCGUUGCCUAGAUUAAGGUCCCAUAAGACCUGUAAGAUACCUAUUUCUCGGGGAGAGUGUCUCUCUCUGUUAGGGAUGGGAAUAGGGGCGUGGUUUCUGUCAUGUGGUACUCCGAUCCACCCUCUUAGAUCUUCCAUCCUAGGGAAGUCAGUAGGUCUGUGUGCAUUAAAUCUGUAAUGUGCAGGUGUCGAAGAAAGAGAUGAAAUUGAGAGUGGUGAGGCAGGGGGGGGGUCUUGCAUCCUAGCGGCUGGUGAGUAGCAGGUUGGCAUCCUGAUAACCAGUUGACGAUCCGGUCCCCGCUGCAAUCCAUCUGCUUCAUCCUGGUCUGGUCUGCGUCAUCUGCUUCAUCCUGGUCUGGGUCCUGGAAGUCCCUCUGGUCCUCUGGUCCUCUGGUCUGCGUCAGCGUCUCCUCCGGCUGUCGAUGGGGUCUUUUAUCCGGUGGUCUCGAACUUGAUUUCGUCUGGAUCGUCCUGGCCAGGCUUGUUGUUGUUCUUUCACUGGUGUCGCAUGGGCCCUGGAUUCGACAUGACUCUCAUGUGCAGCAUCGUGGGUGGUAGAGCGUGCUCUUCAUUGGCUCCUCAGUCUCUGAGCCGGGUGAUGAUGGUGUCCGAUGCUCCUGUGGGCAGCUCCUCAUGGCAGGUCCUCACAGCAGGCAGUCAGCACACGAUGGAGGUCGAUGCUGGAGCGUCAGGUGUAGCUGUUGAAGAGAAUGAGAAAACACAACACAACAGCCACUAGGCCGGAUCUAUACAGAAUGUGACACUUGACUAUGAAAAUUGUAUUUUAAUUUCUAUAUUUAAUAAGUAUCUAAUACUUUCUAGGCUUGAAUUCGCAAUCUUUAACUGAGUCGGAGGAACAGCUUCUCACCCCGUGUGGGAGGAAUCAUCUAUUAAAUGGCCAUCCGUCGUCCAACAGAGUCUUAAUUACUUAUCCAAUCCAAUCUAACUUUAUUUAUCUUUACUGGUUAUGAUAAAUGUAAUUGAUCCUAUCUAUGGCCCUUGACUAGGGCAUAGAAAUAUUCAAAUCCUACUAGGAUCUGAUAGCAGGCAGGUAUUCGUCCAGCACCCUCCUCUCUCGUGCUCGAACCCUAAAACAGCUUAUGGGGAAAAACAAAACUUUUGCACAUCGAGGUGCCAUUAAUGACAGGAGACGGUGAGCAGUGAGAGUCGAUGUUGUCUGCACCCAUCUUCCUGUGUUGCAGUCCUAACUCUAGCUCUAAUGUCUCAGUCUCUGCUCCUUCUUGUCUCCUUUCUGUCUCCUUUCUUUUCCUGUCAUUCCAACCUUUCUUUGCCUGUCUUUCCAACCUUUCUUUUCCUGUCUUUCCUACUUUUCUUUUCCUGUCUUUCCGUUAUUCAACUGGCUUCAAUCUAUAAUUUUAACAUACAGUCACUCUCAGGCAACAUACAUUAAAAACAAUAUUCUCCCUAAUCUUUUCUAUUAUAAUGUCUUUUUUGGCAGGUUCUUCUCUAAACCUCACAUGACUAAUCCUACGAUAAUGACAAGGGUCAGUCCCAUGACCAUUAGAACAGUUUGUCUGACUUCCAGCUGUUCCUAUAGUGGUUUGCGGGGGGGGGCCUUCUAGCUGGGCUAUCAGGCUCCCCGAAACACCUACGGAACGACCUCUGUGGCAUCAAAAUUUUUCCAUCUGAUUGUGUUUCUGUCAAUGUCCCUGUUGGACAGGUGGCUGGGGCACAAUGUGUCAGGUGGUGUCAAGGUGCCUCUGCCUUACCCUUGACCUGGACCAUGUGUGAAGUAACCUCCUUCACUUCGUACAGACCAGUCCACCUAGGCUCAGUCCACUUCCUCUUGUGAACCCUGAUCCUGACCCAGUCACCUACUUUUACUUUGGUUGGCUCUGCUGCCUCCUGAUCGAUCGUCUGGGCUCGAACAACCUGGUUUGAGAGAGCUUUGGUGAGAGAGAAAUUAGAGCUUUUAUAUAUUCUGACAUUUCAAUUUUACAGACAUCCAGAGGUGGCAUAUGACCUCCAUCUCUGGGUGGCUCUGGCAUACUUCUUCCUGUUAUCAACUCACUUGGUGGCGUCUUCCCCCCUGGUAAUGCUCUCAUGGUCAUCAGUACCAGUGGAAGCGCCUUCGCACAUUAUCCUCUUAAUUAUUUGAUUGGCUCUCUCGACCAAUCCUUGAGACUGAGGGUGAUAUAUAGACCCAAACUUGUAGGUUAUGCCCAGUGCAUAUCAACUUUCCCCAGCAGUUUGUUGUUAAAAUGUGUUCUGUUGUCGGACCUGAUGCGUCUUGUUACUCUAUACCUUAAGUGUGUGCAUGUGUGCACUAUAUGGGGUGUGAUCAAACACUCGCAAGUUAUGUGUACAGGAGUGGCGGCUCUUCUUCGAAUCAGUCGACGUUGAACCCCAUCUACUAUCACCACAACUAUGGAAGGAACACAAAUAAGAUUACAUCUUUUCAUUUAUCAAGCAUAUUUAUGAUUUCAAAAAUUAUUUUUUAUGAUUCUCUGGGGUCCCUGAUUCUAAACCUGCUGCUAUCUGAUCUAUUAGUCUGUACUUGUCUGGCCCUCCUCUUAAUAGUCUGUCCUCAACAUAGAUUGUUGUGUGCUUCUAUCCCUCUUUUGAAAUAGGAUGGAAUUCCUAAAUCCGUCCUUUUCAAUAAUAAUAAUCUUAAUAAACAGUCAACCUCUAGAAUUCGUUACUUUAAACAAAACUGCCAAAUUAGCACGUCGCAUACAUAGGUGUCAGUUUCUUAACAGCUCAUGAGAAAUCGAUUACUCGUACAUCCAACGGACGACUGUAAUAAUAACCACUAUUUUUCCAAAAAAAACAGUAAA